AUGGCCGCAUGUUACUGUAACCGAGCUCUUGAUGCUGCACACAAGAGGAACGAGAAUGACAAGAACAGGGCAUAUGGGGGGUCUAAAGGUAAUGGAUUAGAUUCAGGGUCACAACCACUAGACUCUGCGGUUACUCAGAGAUGUAGCCACAAGGCCUUCAAGUCACAGGUUCAGGUUCGCACCACAACUCGUCGUGGUUUCAAGUCACUGCCACAAGUGACGUCAGGGUUGGAGAUCCUAAAGAUUGAUGGUCCUAGCGUGGUGGUGAACGGCUCCAAACCUCAGCUGAUCCUUGACUGUGAGUACGACAUCACGGAGUAUGACAAGUCAGGCCUGGUGGUCAAGUGGUACUUUAACAGGCAACCCUUCCCCGUCUACCAGUGGAUACCCAGAAAUGAACCACAGGACUUGGGGAUCCUGAAAGGUCGUCUCAAUCUGGAAUACGAGGUGUCAGAUGAAGAAUUCACUAAACACCGCGCCCUGGCCAUCGUCAACCCCACCACCGAGCUCACCGGCGAGUACACCUGUUGGAUUUCUUCCUUUGAGAGUGAAGACUUCAGGAGGAAGUCACUUAUCGUCUAUGCUCCCGCCUCUGACAUGUCGAUGACGUACUCCAAGCCGAGUGAGGAGCGGGUGAUCGUGUCGUGCCGGGCAGGAGGAAUCUUCCCCAAGCCUAACAUAGACAUCUUCAGAAGUACCUCCGCCUCCAGCAGGGACGUGUUCGAGGGAGCUAAGGUGGAGAGCCAGCACCUCCCGGAACACGGCUACUACAACAUCAGCAUCGAGUUGGAGGUGUUCGACUAUGAACUCGACUCAGAGACAAUGUUCGAGUGCGUCCUCACCAUCCCCGGGACCGAGUAUCAGCUUCAUGAAGAAAUCCUCUACUUCCCUGGCCCCCCUACCACUACCACUACUACCACCACAACCACCACCCCAACUCCCACCACCACCUCUGCUCCUGAAGAGCUUGAGGAUGAGGUGGAGGAGGAUUACGAUGAGGAAGAAGAAGGAUUAGAGGUAGACGAUAAUGAUAAUGAUGACUUUGAAAUUGAGGAAGAGACUAAGGGCGCUAAACCUCACGUUGCAGAGAGUGGUGUACCAGCUGUAGAAUCCUCAGUGUCUGGAGGAGUGAUCGUCAUGGUGUCCAGCUUAACGUUCAUCUCGCUACUUCCUCUUCUCCAUUACUUCUGGCUACAAUGAAGGAGGUGAGGUGUAUGUCACCUGUGUACAGCCGUGCCCCUCCGUGCUCCCUCCUUGUUAAUUCCCAGUGUUGGAAAGGUGCACCGGAUGAGCUCUACUGCCGCCGUCUCUGUGUGAUCCGGAGAUAUCUGGACAAUGAUCGGAUAAAGGAACGACUGAGAUGUGCAGACUGUGUGAGAGGAAUGUUGUUAUAUGGACUUUUGUGGAAUAUUUCCUCUUUUUUGUGAGCGUGGAAGAAAUUUAAUGAAGCUUUCUUUUUAUGUGAGCUUGUAUGGAGGGAAGCAUUAACUCGGCUGCAUCUACUGCUGGAAUUAGCGAAGUGGGAAUAAUAAGCCUCAUCAACCAACCAAAUUAAGCCACGCGUCUCUCUACUGUUCCGCCUCUUUCAACCUUCAACUCUCACAUUUAUUUUCUUUGUCACCUGAUAAUAUUUAACCUCCCGUCUACCAAAGACACG